AUGGCACUGUCAACGAGAAAGAAAAAAAAACCUCGUAAUACCAUAAAUAGUAAAUUUUUAAAAAUUCGAAAAAGGAAGCGAGACUUUGACGAAGUGUAUAAUGAUUAUCAUACUAAACCUGCUCUUCCGUAUGAUGUAGAUAAAAAAGGAUGUGGACAAUUUAAAUGCUAUGCUUGUGACAUUUACUUUAUAAAUGAUGACGCAAUGAAACAACAUGAAAAAACGAAGAAACAUAAGAGACGAGUAAAACUAAUGGCUAAUGAAAAGCCAUAUACUUAUAAGGAUGCAUUACGAGCUGCUGAAAUUACUUUGUAA